AUGUCGCCCACUGCGUGCCACUGUCCGCACGAAAAGACACCUCUGAUUGAGGUUCUCCCUGUUCCGGUCAUUGCUACGCGCCAGAAGAAACGACCUAGCUGCUGCCAUCGUCUCUUCAAGGUUGUCAUUGCCCUCUUUGGCGCUCUGUUCGUCCUUGACCUGCUCAGCCAUGGCCCGGUCUACCGCAGACUCAGAAAUAACUACCAUGGCUUCGUCGAUUCGCUCCCGGAUUCAUUCGCCGAUCUCUACGUCGAUGCCCUGGUGAGCGGCGGCGGCGAAGGAGGUCAACCAAAACACCCCGUUCCACCCAUGGACGACUGGACGCCCUUUGAGGGAACCACCCACUUUGAGAUCGAGCCCAGAGCUGCCUCGGGUCUCGCGGUCCACGGCGACAAGGCAUUCGGUAAGGUCGUCUUCGAAACGUCCAAGCUGUCCGACAAGGUUGUUAUUGAUCUCGACAUCAAGACCAACAAGCUCGACAAGCACGGCGACGUCAUUGUCGAAGAAAAGAAUGGCCAUCUUACCAUCCGCACCCCCGAUGCCGGCAAACUCGAGACGUACGCAUCGGCAAAGAUCCAGAUUCCCUCCAACAUCCUCGGCACCUUUGGCAUGCGACACUUCGACAUCGACGUGCCCGCCCACAUGGUCGACUACAGCGCGCUACCCAAGUCUUUGGAAAUUGGCGAUUUCGCAAUCCGAGUUGCCAAAGGCUUCGUCAAGCCCGGCCCCGUCCACACCAACAGGACCGCCAUCUCGAUCGCCGACGGUGCUGUUCGAGGCUCGCUGACUCACGGUCGCCAACACACCGAGAUCGACGUCGCCAAGGGCAAUGCCACGGUCGACAUCCCGCGCAUAAGCGCUGGUAACGAGGGGUCGACGCACAUCCAUAUCGGCAAUGGCCACUUGAACGGCACCCUGGCCGUCUACAACUCGACCUCGGUCGACGUGGGGUUUGGCUCCAUCUGGAUCGACGUCGACUUCAAGGACACCGAACAUCGUGCUCACCUCUCGACGAAGAUCGUCUCCGGCCCCUCCCGGGUCUUCGUCGAUUCCCUCCCCCCCGAUCGCCUGUUCCGGUCCGAGCACCUCACGGUCGCGGGUGACCAGCUGAUUACUUACCCUUCGAGCUUCGAGGGAACCAUCGACGCCCGCGGUUUCGCCGGCGAUAUCAAGUUGACAGGUGACGAUCUCGACGUGGAAGAGGUCGUCGGCGGAGCCGUUGGAAGGAAAGGUGACUGGGAUAGAAACUACAUGAGCGUCAAGGCUGUCAAGGGAGCUUUGGACAUUCUUGUCGGCGAUGACGAUGAGUCAUGA